GUGGACGGUGCGUCAUUGGGUUCAAAACCUGCCUUCCAAAGCCGCACACCUCUCGACAAUCAAAAAUCGAGAAAUCCAUGGAAGCGGAACUGGUGAUCGCUUCGUCGGCGACCGACGCUGGCAUCGGUUGCUGGGACUUGCAUUCCGGCGCCGAGCACGUCCGCUACCGCUCCUGCUCCUCCCCUUCUCACGGCCUCGUCUCCGUCGCCGGCCUCUUUCUCGCCUCCUCUCAGCUUCGCGAUCCCUCUUCCUCCUCCGGCUCCGUCCUCUACUGGUCCUGGAACAAGCCUCAUGUAGAAGUUAAGUGCUUCCCAGCAGAACCAAUUAACCCGCUUGCUUCUAAUAGUGACGGGACUUAUAUAGUUGGAGGAGGUGUUUCUGGGGAAAUAUAUUUAUGGGAGGUUGCGACUGGUAGACUGCAUAAGAAGUGGCAUGCUCAUUAUAGAGCUGUUACUUGCUUGGUGUUUGCUGACGAUCAGUCCCUGUUGAUUUCUGGGGCAGAGGAUGGAUCUGUUAGAGUCUGGUCUCUUCUAAUGAUAUUUGAUGAUAUGCGGAGGGAACAAGCAAGACAUAUUUAUGAGUAUAGUUUCUCCGAGCACACUUUACGGGUGACUGAUAUCGCCUCAGGUUAUGGAGGAUGUAAUGCAAUUAUAGUGUCCGCUUCUGAGGAUCGGACAUGCAAGGUUUGGAGCUUAUCCAAGGGGAAGCUAUUGAGAAGUAUUGUGUUUCCAUCAAUAAUUGAUGCAAUUGCAUUGGACCCUGGUGAGCAUGUCUUUUAUGCUGGAGGAAAAGAUGGAAAGAUAUACAUUGCUUCACUCAAUUCUCAAGGCACCUCCAACAACAGUUAUGGGAUGCAUAUCAUUGGCUCAUUAGCUGAUCACAGUAAAGCUGUCACUUGCUUAGCAUUUGCUGCGGAUGGAGUGUUAUUGGUUUCUGGCUACGAGGAUGGCAUGGUUCGAGUCUGGGACACUAAAACUCACAACAUCAUUCGCGUUUUGAAACAUGCAAAAGGUCCUGUUAACAAUAUUCUUGUUGUUAGACCACCACUCUGCUUAAAUCCUCAGAUGUUACUGAAUUCUCAAUCUUCUUCAGUAAGAAGGCAUGGAUCUUCAUUACCACCUCCAUUGGAGAAGUACACAAAUUCAACAGAUGAAAUUGUAGAAGUUAAGGCUUUUCUCAGUACUCAGCCUACUUCCAAUGAACCUCUGCAUGCAUCAUACAUCAGUAUCCACACUAUGAAUAAUCAAAUCAAAGAACUACAGCAACAUGGUUCAUCUGCAGCUGCUGGAAUGGAGAUGGAACGACUAAAGUACGAUUGCAAAAGGUCUAUGCAAAUGGCCGAGUGGUGGAAGACAAUGUAUGAAAACGUGCACCAAUUUUGUGUAAAUGAGCUUUUGGAUGGAGAUCAAACAGAAGGCUGCAAUGGAAACUCCACCUGACACAGCUUUUCUUUAUGUGCAAACAGCUCCCAAGUUUUGUAGAAUGCCUGCUACUGGAUCGAGAAGUUUUUUGAAGCCUUGUUUCAGUAAUCAUUCCUUCCUAUCCUCCUACUGUUCCCUAGCCGGUCUUGUAGAUUGCAGUCGUAUGUUUUGUGUUUGGAUUUAGUUACAAAGAACGUAUCUCUCUAAUGUACUGCUAACCUGUUGAUUGCGAUAGUUUCUAUUUGCUUCCUGGAAAGUGAGUCAACUUGUUUAAUCCAUCUUCAUUGUAACUAUCUACAAUAUUAUAGGUUAUAAAUAUGCCCCGUCUCUAGUGGUCUCUUGUCCUUGGAAUGUGAUUUUGUUUUUUCCCCGAUGGAUAAUGCAGCUAAACUGCAUGGCGUUUGUUU